UUAGAGAGUAGAGUAAGAAUUCAACAAGUAGAAAACAGCAGAGAAACAUGGCAGAGAAAGUGAGUGGUGAAAUGUCGGAAGACAGUUCGGACUCCGCUGCUGCGGUGUCGCAAGACCUUCGAAGUGUUCUGGUUACCAGCGUUUUGAACCUAGAGAAGCUGGAGAUAGAUCUGUACAGAGGGACUCACCACUGGGUGCCCCGUACCCGUCGUCUGUUUGGGGGUCAGAUUAUUGGCCAGGCCCUGGUGGCUGCAGCAGAUUCCGUUGGGGAAAACGUCUUGGCUCACUCUCUCCACUGCUACUUUGUACGGGCAGGAGACCCCAAGGUACCAGUGCUGUACCAGGUGGAGAGGACCAGGGACGGUCGUAGUUUCAGCGUGCGGUCAGUGAAGGCCAUCCAAUACGGUCAGCCCAUCCUCAUCUGCCAGGCCUCCUUCCACAGUAACCAGCCCUCUCCUCUGCAGCACCAGUUCACCAUGCCCUCUGUCCCCCCUCCUGAAGACCUGCUGACGGGGGAGGAACUCAUACAGCUCUACCUCAGUAAGCCAGACUUGGCUGAGAAAGCCAAACAGGGCCUGAACAAGCUGCUAGCUGACGAGGUUCCCAUAGAGAUUAAACCUGUCAAUCCUCCAGACUUCUACCGCUGCGUUGCCAUGGAACCCAAGAAGCUGUACUGGGUGCGCGCUAGAGGCCACAUCGGUAAAGGUGAUAUGAAGCUCCACUGCUGUGUGGCAGCCUAUGUGUCAGACUAUUCGUUCCUGGACACUGCUCUCCUGCCCCAUCCCGGGCAGCGCGCCACUUUCUUAGCCUCUCUGGAUCACGCCAUGUGGUUCCACAACACCUUCAGGGCAGACGAAUGGAUGCUCUACGAGACUGAGAGCUCUUGGACUGGGGGCAGCAGAGGGCUGGUUCAGGGACGUCUAUGGAGGAGAGACGGGGUGCUGGCUGCCAGCUGUGCCCAGGAGGGGGUACUCAGGGUCAAGGCCUUGACGACCAGCGCCGUGACAAACGAGAGCAAGCUAUAACCAUGACAACCUUUUAAAUGGCUGAUGAAGCCAUGUAGAGUCAGGAGACUGGCUGCGUUUACACAGGCAGCCCAAAUAUGAUCUCUUUUCCGCCAAUUGGUUUUUUGACCAAUCACAUCAGAUCUCUUCACAUAUAUUUGGUCAAAAGACCAAUUAGUGAAAAAAAGACUAAAUAGGGACACCCUGCUGACAAACGGCUGGUGGCCACGGUGUAUUAGUGAUCACCUGCUGGGUGUUGAUGAACGGUUCAACCUCAUCCCCAGCCUUCAUCCCCUGCCUACAUCUCCAGCCUCCAUCCCCAACCUUCAACUUCAGCCUCCAUCCCCAGCCUUCAACUUCAGCCUCCAUCCCCAGCCUCCAUCCCCAGGCUUCAACUUCAGCCUCCAUCCCCAGGCUUCAACUUCAGCCUCCAUCCCCAGCCUUCAUACCCUGCCUACAUCCCCAGCCUCCAUCCCCAGGCUUCAACUUCAGCCUCCAUCCCCAGGCUUCAACUUCAGCCUCCAUCCCCAGCCUUCAACUUCAGUCUCCAUCCCCAGCCUUCAUACCCUGCCUACAUCCCCAGGCUUCAACUUCAGCCUCCAUCCCCAGGCUUCAACUUCAGCCUCCAUCCCCAGCCUCCAUCCCCAGGCUUCAACUUCAGCCUACAUCCCCAGUCUUCAUCCCUAGCCUCCAUCCCCAACCUUCAACUUCAGCCUCCAUCCCCAGCGAUCAACUUCAGCCUCCAUCCCCAGCCUUCAUACCCUGCCUACAUCCCCAGCCUCCAUCCCCAGGCUUCAACUUCAGCCUCCAUCCCCAGCCUACAUCUCCAGCCUCCAUCCCCAGGCUUCAACUUCAGCCUACAUCCCCAGCCUUCAUCCCUAGCCUCCAUCCCCAACCUUCAACUUCAGCCUCCAUCCCCAGCGAUCAACUUCAGCCUCCAUCCCCAGCCUUCAUACCCUGCCUACAUCCCCAGCCUCCAUCCCCAGGCUUCAACUUCAGCCUCCAUCCCCAGCCUACAUCUCCAGCCUCCAUCCCCAGGCUUCAACUUCAGCCUACAUCUCCAGCCUCCAUCCCCAGGCUUCAAUUUCAGCCUACAUCCCCAGCCUUCAACUUCAGCCUCCAUCCCCAGCCUUCAACUUCAGCCUCCAUCCCCAGCCUUCAACUUCAGCCUCCAUCCCCAGCCUCCAUCCCCAGCCUCCAACUUCAGCCUACAUCCCCAGCCUCCAUCCCCUGCCUACAUCCCCAGGCUUCAACUUCAGCCUCCAUCCCCUUCUGCAUCUACAAUCUACUGAACCAUGUGGUGAUGAUUAUAAUGACUUGAUUCUGACUGAAUAGAUUUUCUGAUCAAGAUAAAGAUUUCCAUAUAUAUUAACUAUUUUAUAUUUAAUUAUUUUACCUUUUUAAAUUAUUUGAUAAUUGUUGUUUCUAUUUGUUGUGUCCAUUGUGGUUCCAUAAGCUUCCCUUAUUAAUUGUUCAUAUUUCAAUAAUGUCUAUCUUUUCAGAAAUGUACAGUCAGGUCCAGUAAUUAUUGACAUCCUUGAUAAAGAUGAGCAACAAAGACUGUAUAAAAUAAAUCAUUGAAAUAUAUAGCUAUAUUGUAUGCAAAAAAUGUAAAUUGUUAUUUUAUCCUAGAGAUUUUGUUUAACAAGUAAUAAAAAAUCUCAAAAAGA